AUGUCUCCCACACCCUGCCCUCAUCCACCCUCAGGAUGUCCCACACCCCGGCACGUGCCGAGGCGGGAGCCACAUCACGCCGAGUUGGACAGCUGCAGCCACCUGGGCCAGUGUCCUCCUGAGGAUUUUGGCCAGCUUGUCCGAAGCCUCUCUGCUCUGCUGAGAGGUGACAAGCUGGUGAGGCAGGAGGUCACCACAGCAUCUUCCCCCAAAAAGCAGCAUCACUGCGCUACCGAGCCGCUGCAGCAGCUUGGGGCGAUUCCCUCCUUUGGGCCUUGGGAGCCAGCCGGCCCCACGGCACGGGGGCUAGGAGGCCGCCCGAGCUCCCACUUCACUGCAGGGAACUGUUGUAUCCUGAAAACCAGCACAGGCAAGCAGCUGUCCAUGUCCUGCUUUGAGGCACACCAGAAUCAGCCUUCCAAUCAUUGGGACAACCUUUGGAAAUCAGGCUGGACUUUCACCCUGACUCAUUUCCCAUUUCCCACUCAUUUUACAGGGAUUCUUCUCCAGGCAAACUGCUUCAAAGUUGCCAGCUUCCAAGUAGCUGUCAGCAAGCUGAGUGAGACUCUCAAUGUGACAGACCAAAGGCAGUUUGCCACGGGUUUUAUGAAACUUGUGAAAGCUGUGGACACCAAGGUUUGUGUCGACAUUCUGGAAAACAUUCAGGUUUUGUCAGAGGAUAUAUGGGGGGGAAAUCUGUCAAAAUUCCCUGUUACUCAUGAUUUUAUGAACUGGAAUAAACUAUGGAAUGAUCAGCAUCUGAACACCAAGGUCUCCAGUGGUAAAGUGCCUCAAUGCUUACUGAGAUACUAUCUUUGA